GACUGGCGGACGAGUUAUAACGUGUCUUUGUACGAGCGCCGUAUGGAUCCGAUGAGCAACGUUCGUUCAGACAGCACAGCUCCUCCAGCGAGAGCGGGGUUUUGACUUCAUGUUUGGAAAUUUUAUCACUUGGGCCUUCUUUUAUUUCGCACUAACUGCGGGAACGGAAAAUCUUGCUGGUACAACAAGAUCCACCACCCAGCAGCACAUCUUCGACUCCUCCUACCGUUAGAUAGAAGGACGCAUCACAAUGCCUCGAUCUUUCCUCAUCAAGAAGUAUUUCAGCAGCAAAAAGCCGAAUUACAGUGAGCUGGAGAGCCAAACUAGCCCGUCCUCAGCAGGUGUGCCUGAGAAGUACCCUCUGGCCACGCUCCCUACAGGGGAGGACAGUCUGUCUGCAGGCUGCAGCUCAGCUGGCCUCGUGUGGGACAUUGGCCUCUUGCCUGCCCUCUACACCCCGACGCCCGCUACUGCGCCCCCUGCUGCGGGACCGCUGGACCUCAGCAGCUUGCAGUCCUGCAGCAGCGAGGAGGACGAGGGGCGCACGUCAGACCCCCCCAGCCCGGAGCCGGUCGAGGUGUACCGGUGCCAACACUGUAGCAAGAGCUACAGCGGGGCUGCCGCCCUGUCUCGGCACCAGCUGUCCCGCUGCGGGAAAGGCAAGGCGGUCGCACCCGCCACCUGCCCGGCCUUCCGCUGCAAGCACUGCUCCAAGGAGUACACCAGCUUGGGGGCUCUGAAGAUGCACAUCCGUUCCCACACGCUUCCCUGCGUCUGCCCCACGUGCGGCAAGGCCUUCUCCCGGCCCUGGCUGCUGCGAGGCCACAUUCGAACUCACACAGGUGAGCGUCCCUUCUCAUGCCCACACUGUAACCGUGCCUUUGCGGACCGCUCUAACCUGCGGGCCCACCUGCAGACCCACUCCGAGGUGAAGAAGUAUCAGUGCCCCACCUGCUCCCGUACAUUCAGCCGUAUGUCCCUGCUGCACAAACACACGGUCAGCGGCUGCUGUCCCUCCACCUAGACUGCAGUCUUUGGCCAGGGCUCACAGCGGAGACCCGGAUGAUGAAACAGGAACACCGCCAGUUGUGAAGACCACAAGUGCCUUUUUUUUACACUAUAGCCUCUAGAGGGGGGAAAAAGGAAAACUUUGCAUAAUGAUAGAUGGUAUACACAGGAGGACCGUGGUUUUUGUUAGCGUGCUCAUGCACAGUUUGCUUUAAGCCUGGCUGGAACACUAACUGCAGGAUGCAUGGCGUGUCCCAUGAUGCCUGGGGCUGCCGGCUGGCCCGGGACCGUGGCCUCGUGCAGCUGCUGAAGUGUGUGGGAGUGUGGGCUUUGGGGGGGGGGCAUACUCCACACACAUCCAGGAAUUUAUUGAGACAGCUGCUCUGGUGCAGUGCUGUGGAGGCUGGGUGCUGACAAAUGCACCAGCCCUGACCUUUAGUGCACCACCAACAGGUGACCUCCCCCCCCCGCCUGCUUUUUUUUUAA